AUGGUUCCGGAGACUGUCAAGUGUGGAGAAAAGCGUGAGACAGAAAAGACCUUUGGUGUGUUAAGAACACGUCUCAGUAGAAGUGCAUCGAGGGAAAGUUGUAGAAAUGCAUCGGAUACAGAAUCUGAGAAGAGUGAGGAAAACGGAAGCGAGAGUGAUUUUCCGGUUGUACUUCCUCAUCCAUCUCCCGAGUACGAGCCAUUCUCGGAACAAAAUGACACCAAAGAAGAAUUUAAAAGCCAUGCGUUUAAUUUGAAAGUUCACCUGGAAGUAGUAUCGGUGUUCGGCAAAGUCUCCACGUUUUCUUUCAGUGGGAAAAACAACUCGGAUCAGUCGACCAGAAGUAUCCUCUCAUUCGAGGAAAACGAUUCAAGCCACCUGUCUCCAAAAAUACGGAGAUCCUCCACACCUUGCGUAAGCAGUACAAAUCAAGUUCCUUUUCUUGGAGAAACAAACUUUGGGUCGUAUGUUUUCAAGGAGGGUUGCAGCAACACAGCUCUCAUCUCACCAGUAGCCAAAAUAAAAGCUGAGAAACCAAGGGUAGCUCAAUUCCCACAUUUAUAUUUCAAGUGCCGUUUUUUGUUUCAGAAACGAUCGUGGGACGGCCGGUUGUUCACAAAACCAUAA